GUGCUGGAGCCAUCGGCAGAGAGGACGAGCAAAGGAACCUGUUUGCGGAAAGGGGCUGCUGCAGGAGGCAGAGCCAUUUCCUCCACGUCGGGCAUGAUGUCUCUGGCAGUCCUGUCAGCGUGGACGUUGGAAAGUGCUGGUCCAGCUACCUGUGCCAGCAGAUCAGCUCCCCAUACCCUGACCUCCUGGGGGUCUCCAGACACUCCUCCAUGCUUGAUUUCCUUAGAAGCAAGAGGCCUGCCUGCGUGCGCGUGGAGCAGCUCUUGCUCUCCGAAGGCAUUCGGGAGGUGGAGGUGGUCAACAGCUGUCACUGCAGCAUGUGCCCUGAGGAACGUCUCUGUCUCCCAGCUCUGAAAACCUUUCCAGACUCUCUCUGGGAGGUCACAGUCGAUGUGGGGAAAUGCUCUGACCCGACCUACAGUGCAGAUGGACUUUUCUGCAUACCCACAAAGUUCAGCACCGCUCUAGUCAAAAACCCACAAGGCGGGGAGGUGGUUUGGAUGCUGGAGAACUGUGAAAUGAAGGAAAAAUGCUAUCGUGUUUCCCAGGUGGAAUAUUGUUAAGAAAUUGUGCACAACUCUGCAGGACGCAGGGAGGAACGGCUCAAG